AUGAAUGAAACAAGUAAACUAUUAUCUAAAACUGAAUCAAAUAAUGCCGAGAAGCAAACGAAUAAUGAAUCAAUAUUUAAAAAGAAGUUCAAGUACUUCUUAAUUCCAUCUUUAUUAAUAAUUUUAAUAUUUUAUAAAUUUUAUAAUAAUCAACUACAACUAACAUCAACAAAUCCAUUAUUUGGUCCAUCAUUAACAUUACGAUUAUAUACAAAUAAUAUAAGAUUUGAUAAUUUUAAAUAUCCUGAUGCUCAUGAAAAACCAUGGUCAAAACGAAAAAUUCAAAGUAUUAAUUCAAUGGAGUUUCAUACAGCAAUUGGACAUGCAAAUAUAAUUUGUUUACAAGAAGUAUUACAUCAUCAAUUACUUGAUAUCUUACAUGGAUUGAAUUCAAAUGAUAAUGAUCAAUGGUCAUAUUAUGGGGUUGGUAGAUCUGAUGGUGAUAAAGCAGGUGAAUUUGCUCCAAUUUUAUUCAAGACGACUGAUUUUUUUGUUUUAGAAAAUACCACGUUUUGGUUGAGUGAAACACCUUCAGUACCUAGUAAAGGUUGGGAUGCAGCAUUGGAAAGAAUAGUUACAAUGGUUUCAUUUCAAAGUAAACUAAACCCAUUAAUUAAAUUCAAUAUUUUCAACACCCAUUAUGAUCAUCGUGGUAAAAUUGCAAGAAGAAAAAGUUCAAAAUUAAUUGUUGAUAAAAUGGAAAAUUAUAAUAAUUAUCCUUCAUAUUUAUGUGGUGAUUUCAAUACUGAACCAAGAGAUGAACCAUAUGGUAUAUUAACAAGUGCUGGUUUCAAAGACAGUAGAAUUUUAAUCAAUUCAAAAUUUUCAUAUGGUCAUGAAACUACAUUUACAGGAUUUGAUAUAACAAACGAACCAUAUUCAAUAAUAGAUUAUAUUUGGUCACCCUAUUUCACCAAGUCUCAUCAAUUAAGUUCAAAUUCAGAUAUUGAUACCGAAGAUAAUGAAAUGAUUAAUUAUUUUAACUUAAAACAUCAUCAAUAUUAUAAUAUAGAAUUAAAACAAUUUGGAAUAUUAAGCAAUUAUUUAAAGGGAUUUUAUUUCUCAGAUCAUAGACCAGUAGUUGCUACUUACGAAAUUACAAGGACAAAAUUAAUUUAA